CAUCCAUUCGGAACUCCAAGUGAAAAUCUCCGUGCGGACGUGUCACUGAUAACACUGAUGAUAUAUUUUAACAGGAUGAGAUCCAGUAGAUGAGGCUGCGUUACUAUGGACCACGUAUACUAUUGAUACUCUGUGUACUUACCAUCGCCAUAGUUAUAAUCAUGGACCACAGUCACCACCAACACCAUCACCAUGACCACAACAUGAUGACCACCACAUCAGCUGAUCAUCAGGACCACAGUAUUGCUCAUGACCGACAUAACCACUUUUCCCACUCAGGUCAUCAGAAUGCUAAACACCAUUCGAUAGAGCAUCAUCCAAUGUAUUUUAAUUUCAACUGGAGAGGGACAGUGCUUUUUGAAUCAUUUACAUUGGAUGCAAAAACAGGAAUUUUUUGCCUGAUCCUGAUGACCAUUGUGAUUGGGGUCCUUUAUGAAGCGGUCAAGUAUCUCCGCCAGUACAUUCACAGGGAUAUCGCGAUUACAGAACCAGCUGAACCAGAGACUAGUGACACAACACGCCUUCUAGCUGACACCUACGAACAAAUCAGAUACUCUAUAAGGAGCAGAGAGCACUUGUUACAGACAUUGCUAUACGUGGUCCAGAUGGUUUGUAGCUACAUCCUCAUGCUGGUGGUGAUGACCUACAAUGUCUGGGUGGUAGUCACCAUGUUGGUGGCUCUGGGGGGAGGCUUUUUCGUCUGUGGAUGGAAGGUUCACCAGCUCGGUAGUCUGGACAUUGAGGCCUCCUGUCAGAACGAGUGCCACACCUCCCCUCUCAAACAGGAACUGGGACGUAGUGAGUUCCGUGAGUCUGAGCUGGAACCUCUGAGAGAGGGCAUGGAGACCAACCUUGAUCUUGACACCAACAACACAAGGGAGACGAAAAUCUAGAGUCGCCAGUAUCGUGUUUGUCUAACCAGAACCACAUGCAUAUUUGUAACAAACAAGGAUCUUCGACUAGUUUUUUGGUAACUUAAGGGAGCGUAUAUAAAGCUGAUGAUAUGAUAUUGUAUAGAUAAUACUAUAGAAAAACACCCUUGUUUGGAUUUAAUUGUAAAUCAUACUGCGUAUUGGUGAAUUAUGGAGAUUAUGUGAGGAUAACACUGCAAAUACAUGUACAUAUUGUUGUUUGGACUCUUCUGUGUAAUCCCACCUCUGAUCAUAUUGUCAAGUCGUGUUGUGCCACAGACUUCGCUGGUUUUGUAAUGAAAUAUUUGAUUGGUUGUUCUUUAUAUAACAAGGCACCAGCUGAUUGGCUGAUCAAAUCAGGUGCUGACACCGUCCUACCCUUGCCAUAUACAUUUAUAUCUAGUAUCUCUGCAGUUGGCAGUUUAAUUAUUCUCAGAUAAUCUAUGAUUAAAGGGAACUGAGCCUGACAUUCUGUCAUUCUUUUCAGCAUAAGUAUGAUGUAAAAGUGGGUUUGAUGAACUAUUUGUGAUUUCAUUUUGUCACUUAUGACCAGCCAGCCUGCUUACAUUUGUUACGACAUACUAAAUGUAUGAACACAAUAUGCCACUUGCCAAGAACAGGAAUGUAUAUACUCAGUAAUGAGGUUUUCUAGUUCGUUGUAAAUGUGUUUGUUAGCCGAUUUCACAUUCUGAAAUGAAAUUGGUGUAUCGUUUGUAUGUUUUGUUGUGUUUGUUAACAAAAGUACACAAAAAUGUUCUACACAAUUAGAUAACUUGUUGGUGCAAUCUGUUAUAGUUUUGUAUACCUGUCUUUAACUGUAUAUAGACUUGAAAAAAUUCUGUUUAUUUUAUUUUAUAAGAUGUUUUUCUCUGUAAUUUGCUUUUAUAUUUAUGUUUGUAUGUGAACCAAGAGGUAAUUGAAAGUUAGGCUGUGAUUGCUUUUUAGGCUGAGAGUUAACUGCAAGUUUACGCAGGGUUUAUAGUCUCCAAAGAAUUAAUUGAUCGUUGCUUGGUUGAGUCUGCUAAAAAUGGAAUGGAUGUUGUGAGAGUUUAUUAGUUUUUGCAUUGUCAAGGUUAUACUGAGAGUUGAUUGGUUGUUUCUGGUUUAAGGCUUCUGAGAAUUGACUGAUUGAGUCUAUACUGGAGGUUCGUUGGUUGUUGCUAGUUGGGUAAUUUAUAGUGAACAGAACUAAUGCUCCUUGAUGUAUAUUUACAUUUGCUCCGCAUUUCCCCAUUGACACAAUGCUAAGAGGCAGUUGCCACCAUACGCCUAUAACACCCAGUGCCUCAGGCUAUAACACCCAGUGGGUCAUGGGACAUUAAAAAAGGUGGGAUUUUUUUGGUUGCUUCAGUUUUUUUAUGGAAAUGGUAAGACAAUGUAAAUAUAAGUAUUGAACAGUGGUUUUAAUGUUGUUAUAGUUGCACAUGGAAUGGGAACCUGUUUGGGUUCCCAUGCUACAUUUGCCCACCAUACAUCUUGCUGCCAUAUCGACUAUAACAACAUUAAAACCACUGUUUAUUGCUUAAAUAUGUUAUGAGUUUGUUCAUUGACCAUUAAUUUGUUAUGCAUUCCUAAUAUUUUACAAAAGGUUAUUUAAUGAAUUGUCAGGGGAUGCAAUGGUAACACACUUGCCUUUCUUCUUAGUGAGUGGGAUUUGAUUCCCGAUCGGAUUUGAAAAUGUAUGGGAGUAAUCUUCCUAACCACAUAGGUUUUCCAGUGUAUUCCAGUUUUCUCUGACAGUUACACUCCUUGUUUGUUUUAUCUGGGCCAUAAAGAGGGAUUAAUAAAGUUAACAUACUUGAAAUUGUUGUAAUGUUUAUAAAGUUUAUAUUUAAAAGUAUAUUUUCUUGAAACACAUGUGAUAACAUAGUAGAAAACAAUGCGGAAUGAUAUUUAAUAAGCAAGGUAAUACUUGUGUCUAAAGGUGUAGAACUUUGUAAAAGUGUCAAAUGUUGCAUGCAUGCUAAAUUGAUUUCUUUGGUUGUCCUGUGAUUGUUGUAAACCUGUAUUAUCAUACAAUAAUUAACAGGGGUUAUUAAUUAAGUAUUCUACAAGUCUUACACCAUUAAUAUUAACUUGUACAUGAACAUUGUAUGAUGUACAUGUAGUUACUUUUAUUAGGCAUAAAUACUCAGUAUUAAUGAAGUCAAAUACAGAUAUUAUCCAUAAAUUUUGAAUUUGAAGGUUUGAUGUAAAUAUAAAUCUAAAUCAUUAUUUAUUCUGAGGAAGAAUUAUAAGUGAUUUUUUUUUUCCUGUUCCUUGAAAAAAAUAUAAUUGCGUAUUAUUAAAGGGAAAGUAUUUAUUCCUGCUACAUUGAAUGUUUCACACCAACUGAUAGUCAUUUUAUUGGCAUGAUUCAAUAUUUCUAGUCAUUUGAAUACAACAUUAUAAAUUCAGUUAAACUUCAUUAUCUCGAACUCUGAUAACUCAUUUUGAGUCAGAUGAUAAGUGUAGCAUGGCGUAGUGCAAUCAACCUCAGGUAUCUGACGUUAUUCUUGAGUAAAAUUACAUGGGUUAGUAAAUUUUAUAUAAAAUAUACUCGCUGUUACCUCGAAUACUCCAGAUGUCUGAAAGUUUUUCAAAACCCCACCGACUUUCAGAUAAAGAAGUUUGACUGUACUUUCAGAAUAUUGUAGUUUGAAUAUGUUUUUUCAAUCGACAUGCCUACAAACCUGCACUUAAUUUUAGAACAUUUUAUGAUG